AUGGGUUACACUGUGCCGUUUCAUCUGUGUUUUGAUCCUUCCGCUAUUAAUAUCGCAAGCAAGUCAAGCAGUGAUGGUGAAGAUCCGUUGGCACAUGGUCUCGACCCGGCUCUUUACGGUCCCAAUGCACCCGUCACCUGUGCUUCCCCUUGUACCAGUGAUCCUGGAGCUGUCCCGUCAUCAUCAUCAUUCAGCGGCUCAGAACCUCGACCAACUGGGUUAGGCUUGCUACAUUGUUUACUACAACAUUUCCCCGUUAGAAAACGACUUCGUGUAUCAAUCCUGAAAAUCGAAGGGUUAGAUAUAGCCCUAGCCAAGUGUGGCGGUAAUCUGGUCCUUGACAGAGCGAAUAACCUUAUGGCAAUCAAAUAG